UCCUCUAAGAUCAAGGGAGGAGAGCUGAAAAUAUUACAAAAAGGCCUAUUAAAAAUUGCCCUCUUAAGAACAAUCUCUAUCCCUUCCUUCUGAAGGCAGACAAUCAUAAAAGUCAAUAAAACCAACUUGAAACAUUCAACUACGUAUAACCAAUGCGAAGGAUAAUAGAAUCAGGGCCCUGGAGACAACUAUAAUCACGUUGAUUUUCAACUAUGUCGAACUAAUCAAGACAGAAAGGUCAAGUCAAAUCAGGUUCAAUCCAUAUAUCCAAACUUCCCAUUAAGAAAUAUAACAUGCACGUUGCCCUCAAUGCAUUUCCUUAUUCAACAAGAACAAUGAUUCUUCUCUGUAAGCUAGCUCUGAUGUCUUCUCGACCUAUUCCCUUUCUCUCCCUUAAGAUUUCAACCAUACUUAUACAGAUAGCACUAAUCCUCAGCUGCUUAUCAAACACAGUUUCAUCCACCACUGAGUUCGUCUUCAACACCAACUUCAACUCCACCAGCCUCAUUCUCAAUGGAAACGCCACAAUCCAAUCCUCCAUCCUCAGCCUCACAAAUGAUUCAACAACAUUCUCUCUGGGACGUGCUCUGUACAGUCACAAAGUCCGAACAAAGCUCGCCAACUCUUCAUCUCCACUUCCUUUCUCGACCUCCUUCGUAUUCUCCCUUUCACCUGUGGAAGACCUCCAGCCCGGCCAUGGUUUUGCCUUUGUGUUCUUGCCCUUUUCCGAUUUAACUGGCGCCAGUUCUGCUCAGAAUUUGGGUUUAUUCAACUUGACCAACAAUGGUGACCCCAAUAACAAUAUCCUUGGUAUUGAAUUUGAUGUGUUCAAGAACCAAGAAUUUGAUGAUCCUAAUGAUAACCAUGUUGGUGUGGAUAUCAACUCGCUCACGUCUAUUCGCUCAGAGGCUGCAGGGCAUUGGACCAGUAGUGAGGAUGGUGAGAAGUUCAAGGAGUUGAAGCUCAACAAUGGGGCCAAUUACCAAGUGUGGAUUGAUUUUCUGGGUUCUACUAUUAAUGUGACUAUGGCUCAAGCUGGUGUUAGAAAGCCUCACAAGCCAUUGAUCAGUCAGGAAGUUGAUCUAUCUAGGGUCCUUUUGGACGACAUGUUUGUGGGUUUUAGUGGAGCAACUGGGCAGUUGGUAGAAAGCCAUAGGAUAUUGGCUUGGAGUUUUAGUAAUUCGAAUUCUUCAAUCGGUGAUGCUUUGGUCACUGAGAAUCUGCCUUCGUUUGUUGUUUCAGAGGCCUCUGUUGUUGAAUCAAAAGGGUUUAAAGUAGGAAUUAGUGUUGGUGGUUUCUUGGUCAUUUGCUGUGGUGUUUUGGUUUAUGUGAUUUUUAUGAAGACCAAACAAAGGAAAGGGGAUGAAGAAACAGAGGACAUUGAAGUAUGGGAAUCAGAGUUUUGGCCACACCGGAUUGAUUAUCAAGAGAUUCGAAAGGCGACGGAGGGAUUUUCAGAGAAAAAUGUGAUCGGAACUGGAGGGAUAGGGAAGGUCUAUAAAGGGGCGUUGGCAGGAGAAGAAGUGGCAGUUAAAAGAAUAUCACACCAAGGUGGUCAUGGGAUGAGAGAGUUCUUGGCUGAGGUAUCAAGCUUAGGAAGACUGAAGCAUAGAAAUUUAGUGGGAUUGAGAGGCUGGUGCAAGAAAGAGAAGGGCAACCUGAUAUUGGUUUAUGAUUACAUGAAAAAUGGUAGCUUAGAUAAGAGGCUAUUUGAUUGCAACGAGACAAUGAUGUUGAGCUGGGAAGAGAGAAAAAAGGUCCUAAAAGAUGUGGCUUGCGGUUUAUUGUAUCUGCAUGAAGGUUGGGAAGCUAAGAUUUUGCAUAGAGACAUCAAGGCAAGCAAUGUGCUGCUUGAUAAGGACAUGAAUGCAAGGUUGGGGGACUUCGGGUUGGCCCGAAUGCACCAUCCAGGUGAACUCAAUGGCACAACGACACAAGUUGUUGGUACAGCGGGUUACAUGGCACCAGAAGUGGUUCAAACAGGGCGAGCCUCAGCUGAGAUAGAUGUGUUUGGUUUUGGCAUAUUGGUGCUAGAAGUGGUCUGUGGAAGGAGGCCAAUUGAAGCAGGGAAGCCGGGGCUGGUCGACUGGAUUUGGACAUUGAUGGAAAGAGGGGGAGUGAUUCAUGGUGUUGAUGGGCGGCUGAAGAGUAAAGGUGGAUACAACCCUGAUGAGGUUGAGAGGUUUCUUCGAUUGGGUUUGUUGUGUGCAUAUCCUGAGCCUCGUGGUCGUCCAACAAUGAGGCAAGUAAUGCAAUUGUUGGAGGGGGCAACAUAUUUAGGCACAGAUAAGUCUGAAGGACAAGAAGGGGAAGGAAUAGAAGUUAACUUGCUGCACAAUAUGGUAACAGCCUCAAUGUGGUCUACUCGUCAUAUGGAGCGGAGAGGAAGGGGACACCCUGCAUUUGAAGAUAUUAAAGAAUCUCUAUGUUCUUCUUCAUCAUUGUUUGCAUCGGACAUUAUUCGAAUUGGUAGAUGAUAGGAUUUGUUUGCUUCAGUUUUGUGUUCCAACAUAUUAAGAAUAGUGCAAUUCUUUCAUACCAAAUUUUGCAGAUACAUUACUUUCUGAAAAUGGAUGGAAAACCAACAAUAUACAUUAAUCAAUUUGUCAAGUACAAUUUAACAGGAAUGGGAGCCACACUAAUAAUCAAGUAAAGAAU